AUCAGACAUAUAUAAAAAGUACCUAUUUGCUGCCAUUUCCAUAAACCACUCCAAGCAUCCUAACGUUCUCCUUUUACACAAAGAACUGGCACAAAGAAACAGAAAAGAACAUUUGUAUUCACAAGUCGCAGAGCAGAAAAAUGGCAGAGAAAAUGAACCAGCAGGAGUACCCAUUGGCACCAGCAACUAGGCAGUCCAGAAGUGAUGAAGAGUCUGGCACUUUAAGAUCAGAGGAGCUCAAGCGAAAGAAAAGGAUCAAGUUGGCCAUAUAUAUUGCUGCUUUUGCUGUGUUUCAGACCAUUGUCAUCUUGGUGUUUGCACUCACUGUGAUGCGUGUUAAGACCCCUAAGGUCAGAUUGGGCACUGAUGUCACGUUCCAGAACUUCAGCGCUGGUACCCAAGCAUCACCUUCCUUUGACUUGAGCUUCACAACCCAAGUUGGAGUUAAGAACACAAACUUUGGUCCCUACAAAUUUGAUAGCACCAUUGCCACGUUCAUGUACCAGGGUGUGACAGUGGGGCAAGUCACUAUUCCUAAGGGUAAAGCUGGGCUGCGUUCGACCAAAAAAGUUGGUGUCAUAGUUAAUGUGGAUUCAAAUACCCUGUCAAGCACUGCUGGUCUUGGAAGUGAGUUAGGUGCUGGUGUAUUAACUCUGAACAGCCAGUCUUUUAAAUAUUUUUACCCAGUGCUUAUCCUCAGUUUUUUGGACCUCCCAAGCUAGUUUGGCUAGUAGAGCCUAGUUGAAAUCUUCACUUUUUCUAAGGCCAAGACCUCCCAUGGACUUGGGUUUGCAAAUAGAAUCCCAGUUCUUCAGGAUGCAGCAGCUGGAACCAUUCUCCUUUGAACCCCACCAAAAUUUCCUAUUUAAAGCAUCAAGCUUCUUUGUUGUUUCUUUUGGGAGCCUAAGAGAGGACAUAACAUAUGAUGGCAUGGCUGAGGUAACUGUGCGAAUUAGGGAGGUUCUAGCAGCCUGUGAGAGGAUCUUAACUUCCCAACCUUGGUACUUCUUCUCCACUCUUUCCACCACCUCUUGAAAUGUACCUUUCUUUGACCUUCCUAUCAGCAUUGGCAGCCCCAAAUAUUUUCCUUUUGACCCUUCAAUUUUCAAACCCAUACUCCCAGCUAGCAAAUGUUUAGAAUGCCAACUAGUUAGGUUUUUGCUGAAAACCAUGGUAGAUUUGUGGGUAUUUAUCUUCUGCCCUGACCAAGAAGAAUAAGUGGAUAAACAUUCUUUAAUGGACCUUAUGUUCUCUUCAUCUGCUCUCCCGAAAAUGAACAAAUCAUCUGCAAAUUGGAGAUGAGAUAUUGGUUGGCAUCCCUUAGCAAGCUUGAUACCUUUUAGCUUUUUACUCUCUUCAGCUUUUUGCAAGAGUUUGGAUAGCACUUCUGCUGCUACGAUAAAUAGGAAUAGGGAAAGAGGGUCCCCUUGUCUUAGACCUCUUUGUGGUUGGAAGAAUCCAUAUGGGGAGUCAUUUAUGAGUAUAGAAAAAGAGGUAGUUGAAAUACAUUCUGAAACCCAAUUUAUCCAUCUCUCAUCAAAUCCAAAAUUUCUUAAGACAUUGAGAAUAAAAGGCCAUUCCAGUCUAUCAUAAGCCUUUUCCAUAUCAAGUUUAAUUGCCAUCCACUUUUCCUUACCUUUUUUCUUUCUCAUAGCAUGAAUGAUUUCAUGGGCUAUUAUGCUAUUAUCUUGUAUUUUUCUACCUUGAAUGAAGGCAGCUUGCCAGGGAGAUAUCAUCUUAUGGAGGAGUGGUCUCAAUCUAUUUGCUAAGAAUUUUGAAAUAAUCUUAUAUAACACAUUACAAAGCGAAAUCGGCCUGAAUUGGUUAACCAUGGCAACCCCCUCAUGCUUGGGGAUUAGGGUGAUAAAGGUAUGAUUUAUUUCUCUUAACAUACAACCACCUUGGAAGUAGCUUAAAACUGCAUCCACAACAUCACCACCUAUCAAGUGCCAGUAGUGUUUGAAGAAAAGGGGGGACAUUCCAUUAGACCCAGGAGCUUUAUGAGAAUCCAUCGAAAAUACUGUUGUUUUGAUCAGACCCAUUGAAGGCAUGGCUAGCAACAUUUCAUUAUCUUCUGGGGUGAUGCACCUUGGAAUUAAAUUACUUAGAUCAUAAGGAAUAUCUGGGGUUGAAGAAGAGAACAGGUUAUUAAAGAAGGUUUGAAAGCAUUGACCAAUCUCCUCCCAACCUGAAAUCCACUCUCCAUUUUCUUUCU